AUGCGAGAGACAUAUUAUAGAGAACAAAUGUAUCCGCAAACACGUUGCAUUGUCGUAAUCCGAUGGGACAGCAAAUUCGACAUGAUCGAAAUAUUUCAUGAAAAGACUUUACGUAUCCCCCUUAAGGAAAAUAUUCCACAAACGUUUAAAAACGAAAGGCAGUUUCCUAAUGGUUCCGUAUUAGGAACGUAUACUUACAAGGACAAAGAUGGCAGCCCAGUACACGUUAAAUAUUUUGCUGACGAUUCUAGUUACAGUGUGGAACUAAAAACCAUUAAGGUCCUCGAAGGAAAUCUUAAGCAAACUGAAAAGCAACAAGAUCAAGUAUUAUCGAACGCUGAUAAUAUGGAAACUUCAACCGAUUUAUUAAUACCGGAUGAUUUUUUGAGUAAAGCCAAUUCUAUGUUGGCUAAGAAUUAUUAUAAAAAUAAUACUUACAAUCCUAUAUCGUACGACGUUUUAAAUACCAAUCUUAAAACUAAAAAGAAUGAACACCAAAAACCUAAUGAUGAAUAUGAGAUUUUCUUAGAAAAUGUUCUAAAGCCAUCUGAUAAGUUCAAUAAAGAAAAAGUUCGGGUGUACAUCGACAAAAACAGACGCAAAAUAAGAAAUGUAUCUAACAAAUAUAAGCCCUAUGCAUCUUUUAAUCGUUUUUAA